UUUGCGAAAGUAAUAAAAAUUUUAUUUCUCAAUUUUUUCGCGAAUGACCAUGUCAGAACAAAUCAUAGAAAAACACUUGAAAGAUUGAAGUGGUUCAAUCCUCGGUGAAUAAUGUGCAAACGUCAAUGUCGCCUUUGUUACGAUUCAAUGUGCCGUGCGAACUGUAUAAAAAAAGCAACAAGUUGAUGGGCCCUUGGUCUCUAAUCGGAGCGCUCAUAGUGCUCUCAGCAACAGCUGGGGAUUCCACUAGCAAAAUUAUAGCGCCGCAACAAAGUAGAAGUAUUAGCAGCGUCAGCCAUGCCAACGACAACGCAGAUUACACCACAGCGACCAUAAGUGUUGUAGGCGUAGCUGGUAGUCGUGUAAGCGGAAAUGGAGUUGGAGGUGGUACUGUUGUCAUUGGCAAUGGUGUAAUAGUGGCAGGUAGCGCUGGACCUUCGUCUAUGUUAAAUAGGCAGAAUAAUAGUAAAGUAUUUAGUCAAGGUUUAAGAGUCUGUUAAUCAAGGGUGCGGUUGCGAGCGGACGUCAGUCUUGAAAAAAGCGGCUCACUAUAUCAAUGUGCAGAAAAUUUUAUAUUACUCGCCUAGCGAGGUUGUGCGCUGAGUUUGGGACCCGCCACGUAGAAACCACUAACAAUGAAAAAAAAACAAGGGGCCCUGAUGGAAGACCCUAAUAUUGAGAAGGCCUCGCUGCCCAGCUGUUUUUUGUCCUCGUAACGGAAAAGGCUGACUUUACCGCCGACAGAGAAUUGCGAUAGUCCUUGUGAUAUUUACCACAACUGCCAUAUAAAGGAACACAAAUUCGGUAUGGGAGAAAGCCUCAGCCGUCAGUCCUGUCAUUUACUCCUGUGAAUGACCAUCUAGCCACAAUCCGCAUCAGAGCAAAAUUUUUCAACGUAACACUGACUUGCGCCCACGACCCAAUGGAAGAGAAGGACGAUAUGACCAAAGAUACUAUUUAUGAACGGCUGAAGCGUGCUUAUGAUGACUAAAUAUAUCAUUUGUUUUCUACUUUUGUUCUUGUUUUCUUAGAUGAA